CCGAUGCUCAGUCACCGGCGCCUGGGGCGGGGGCUCGACGACUAGCUAGUGCCAAAUGUGAGCUAUCUUUCCACUAACGGAAUCGGAAAAUUCCUUUCUUUCUUGUGACACGGCUUCCAAAAAGAAAUGAAUGUUCUUUGAAACAUUCACUGCUACUGACGCUGGUCAGUGAGGUCCGGGAUAAGACCAGUCAACCUACCCACAGGCCAAACAAGGAAGUCCUGCGUUUGCGUGCGGCAGCCUCCGGCGAAGAAAACCGGAAGAAACGCCAGCGCCUUCCUUUGCGCAAGCGCAGGCCGACCUCUCCCAUUGGUCAUCUCAGCUCGAAGUUGGCGUGCUCCUGCGCUCCGCUGUCCUGCCGGCCGGGUUGGAUUGACGUGGACGUGUGCCCUAGUGUUUAUCCGGAGAGUGCAGCCCACAGGCCCGCCGGGCCGCAGUUCAUGAUGCUUACGCAGGUUUUUUUGUUUGUCAUUAUUAUUUUUUUUAACCUUCUGAAAUCGUUUGUUUAAGCCGGUAAUUCAUUCAUGCUCAAGUACCGAAAGUCUGACUGAAAGAAUAUUGAGCUUCCUGGUUCAGGGCCGGACGCUUACCUAACCUACUGACUUGGGAGCUUCAGAACCAUGGGGACAAAGGAGGCAGGGGAUGCUAGAGCAGCAGAGUUGGGCCUCCUCCCCUCAUCAACCAACCCAAACAAGCAAAUGUCUGAAAAACCAAACUAUGCUCUUAAAUUUACUCUCGUGGGACAUACGGAAGCAGUAUCAUCGGUUAAGUUUAGUCCUAAUGGAGAAUGGCUAGCAAGUUCUUCUGCUGACAAAGUAAUUAUAAUUUGGGGAGCCUAUGAUGGAAAGUAUGAGAAAACACUUCAUGGUCACAAUCUGGAAAUAUCAGAUGUUGCCUGGUCAUCAGAUUCCAGUCGCCUUGUUUCUGCCUCAGAUGAUAAGACGCUAAAGAUUUGGGAUGUGAGAUCUGGAAAAUGUUUGAAAACGCUGAAGGGGCAUAGUAAUUAUGUUUUUUGCUGUAAUUUCAAUCCACCAUCCAAUCUCAUCAUUUCAGGAUCUUUCGAUGAGAGUGUGAAAAUAUGGGAGGUGAAAACAGGAAAGUGCCUUAAGACUUUGUCUGCUCAUUCUGACCCAGUUUCUGCUGUUCAUUUUAAUUGUAGUGGGUCUUUGAUUGUGUCAGGUAGCUAUGAUGGUGUCUGUAGAAUUUGGGAUGCUGCAUCAGGUCAGUGUUUAAAAACACUUGUUGAUGAUGAUAACCCUCCUAUCUCUUUUGUAAAAUUUUCUCCAAACGGAAGAUAUCUUCUAAUUGCAACUUUGGACAAUACUCUUAAACUGUGGGAUUAUAGCAGAGGCCGAUGUCUGAAAACAUACACUGGUCAUAAGAAUGAGAAAUACUGCAUAUUUGCCAAUUUUUCAGUUACUGGUGGGAAAUGGAUUGUGUCUGGAUCAGAAGAUAAUCUGGUUUACAUUUGGAACCUUCAGACUAAAGAGAUUGUACAGAAAUUACAAGGUCAUACAGAUGUUGUAAUCUCAGCAGCUUGUCAUCCUACAGAAAACAUCAUUGCAUCAGCAGCAUUAGGAAAUGACAAAACAAUUAAACUGUGGAUGAGUAACUACUAAACCCUUUAGAAAUCAACUAGUAGAGCCAAAUUGGCAAAAAAAAAAAAAAAAAGGUAUUUAAAAAGAUGGU